CCUUAGAUAGUCUUUGACUGACUGCUCCAUGCGUAUAUCUGCUGUGAUGCUGAAACGAAACUACACAGUUGGGCAGUAAAUUAAACAGCACCGGAAAGGAGUUUACAAACGCGCAGGAUUGACUCAUUCCGGACGUUAGGCUUGUGCCGGAUCCACCGGAAGAUCAGGGAAGACGAUGUGGAACUGCAGUCUGUGGGCUCUUCUGCCUCCUGUCUACUCUCUGUUCACAGCCGCUGGACUGUGGGUGGUAUACUUUGUCGCUGUCAACGAUGAGCAGAUCAUGCCCCUGAUCCCACAAGGAAGCAUUUUAAAUGAUUCUAGGUUACCCCCAUACAUAAGUGUUGCAGGCAACUAUCCACCAGCCAGCUGCAUCUUCAGCGAGGUCAUGAACCUGGCAGCAUUCGUGGGUUUGAUUAUUGCCGUCCUAAGAUACCUUCAGCUGAAACAAACCACAGUCAAACCAUGGCUGAAUAUCAGUAGUCUUGGUCUUUUUGCUAUUUCCUGCUUUGGAAUGACACUCGUAGGAAACGUCCAGUUAUUGACUGGUAGGUUUAUUCACGAACUGGGUGCACUUCUGACGUUUGGACUGGGAACAGUCUUCUGCUGGGUGCAGUCCUACAUCACCCUGAAGGUGAACCUCAGGAACGAGGGGAGGAAGGUUGGAAUCAGUCGUUUCCUGUUGUCUGGAGCUGUCACUCUCUGCAUGAUCAUCCGUAUAUUCCCAUUGAUGGGUAGCCUCGAUGGACCCCGAUGCCAGUGGGCGCUGGUCAUGUUCUUCCUCGCCUUCAUCGGCACUUUUGCCAUUGAGUUUCGUCACAGCCGCUUCGAGAUGGUGUGCACAGAUAACAUACAGACCCACUCUGAAAUGUACAGGAACGAGCUGGACCAACUGUAGGGACGUUACACUGACUCACAUCUAAAGAUCAUCAGGAUCAACUGCCCGAGGCGCAUGUGUCUGAGAGGCCUUUACACCAUCCGAGGGGUUUCUUACUACAGUGUUACCAAUAGUGACACUUGAGGGUCUGUAUUUAUGAGCUUUUCCUCACUCAAAGUGUUUUACACUCUAAUCCACACAAACUAUAUGCUGGGUUUUUUUUUUGUAAUCACACAUUCACACGGCAAUUUGGGGUUUGCUAUUUUUCACUAAGGACAUUGCCAUGUGAACUGGAGGCACUGGGCAUCAAACCCCCGUCCCUCUGGUUAAUGGUCGACCUGCUCCAUAUUCAGAGUCAAAUACACCAUCGUCCCAUGUUCACUUUUUUUUAGAUUUUCAUAUUUUUAAUUAAUAAACAUUUAAAGGUUUACUUGCUUUAUGUCACACCAAAUAUCUGUUCUGUACAAUCAUUUAUUUCAAUUAUAGAUUUCUAAUAAAAAUACUGAAUGCUGACAAUCAAUGAAUGCUGAUAUGCACAGUAAAGAAUCAAAUCUAUACAAAUACAGAAACAUUUGUCUCUUGGUGUCAGUGUCUAUAAACCCAAAUUUCAUGAGACAUUCUUGUUUCAGUUCUGUCUAUUUCCAAUAAUGUUGAAAAAUGUCCUUUGAAAUGUUUGUCACAUUAAAGCAACAUGACUAUCUGCAUGAAUCAACACUAGUGACAGUGUGAGAAACGUAUUUGAUAAAUUGCGAACGAGCCUUUCAGAUGAAGUGUCUUUAAUAAACAACCAGGUGAAUUACA